AUGUCGCAGAAUCUAGGCGUGCCAGACUUCAACAGCAAGCUUGCUGAUCAAACUGUCCUCCUAAUUGGAGGCACGGGAGGAGUCGGCAUUGCAGUCGCGCACGCUCUCAUCCAGGCGGGAGCACGAGUUUUCCUGACGUCGUCGCGACAACAAAAGCUCGACUCGGUUUUGAAGCUACUCAAGGAUCAGUAUCCGGCUUCACGGGAUAAGAUCGACGGAUACGUCUGUGAUCUCGGCGAGGAGGACAUUGAGCAAAACAUCAUCAACCUGUUCAAGCAAACCGGAAGACCAGACCACAUCAUCUAUCUUGCCGGCGAUCGUCUUCCCACAAUGCCAAUUUCGGACUUCACACCAGAGGCGUUUGCCAAACAGAGCCAAGUUCGUGCAAUUGGGCCACUCCUGGUUGCCAAACACGGAGUCGCUCUCCUUGAGCACUCGCCAAAUUCGUCGAUCACGAUCACAUCAGGGUCGAUCGCUGAGAAGCCGAUUGCAGGUGGCUGGUCGCUGCUGGCAUUCAUUGGUGCGGGCCUCACAGGGUUGACGAGGCAGCUAGCUUUUGACCUGGCUCCGAUCAGGGUGAAUUGUGUGGCUCCGGGUGUGGUAGAGACUGAUAUGUGGGACGGCAUGGGAGAUGGCAAGGAGGACUUCUUCAAGGGCGUGAGAGCUGCUAAUUGUCUGGGAAGGGUUGGCACAUUCGAAGAUGUGGCCGAGGCAUAUCUCUACUUGCUCAAGGACAAGCACGCGACUGGGACUGUAGUUCACAGCAGCGGCGGUGUGUUUCUGAAGUAA